CUGGUAGUCGUCAUCUUUUCAUUUUUAGACACACUUUGCUCUGGUGUCCUUUGUGGAGAAAAUGCCAGGUGCGUCAAUGGACAAUGCCGAUGUGAAAGUGGCUUCUACGGUGAUCCGAACUAUUCGUGUCAAUUCAUUGGUGGUGAUAGACCCUCGGCCAACCCACGGUGUCGCGCUCCUCUUGAUCCUGGCCAGUGUUUCGCGCGUCUUGAGAAGUAUGGCUACGAUUCACGAACUGGCCGCUGUGAGAAAUUCACAUACACCGGUUGCCAGGGCAACAGCAAUCGAUUCGAGACACUGGAAGAGUGCGAACGAGAGUGUCUUUCAAGGCAAAUCGGAGACAAAUGUGCAACGGUGCAGUGUGGCUACAACGCUCGUUGCCAAGAUGGCUACUGUGUUUGUGAAGACGGUUACGAAGGUGAUCCCAACAGGGAAUGCCGUCUCACUGGUGUCAGGGAGUUCAGUGUGGUCACAACGCUCAAUGCAUCGAUGGCCAUUGUGAGUGUCUACCAGGGUAUGAAGGCGAUCCACGGAGGGAAUGCAGAACUAGUGAAAAUUGUAGAGGACAGCGCUGUGGGCCGAAUGCAUAUUGUCGUGACGAGGUGUGUCAAUGUGAGACUGGCUACCGCGAUGAUCCCUAUUCCGGAUCGUUGCGAAGGUGUGCAGUGUGCCGCCAAUGCCUUCUGCGAAAGUGGCUAUUGUCGAUGUAAUCCCGGCUACUCUGGAGACGGGUUCAUUGAAUGCAUCUACCAGGGUUCCUGCGCCAACGUCCACUGCGGAGUUAAUGCCCAGUGUGUUGAAGGACGGUGUGAAUGCUGGCCGGGUUACGAGGGUGAUCCGGACAGGAUGUGCGAGAUCGCAAGUGAUCAAGCCUUUUGUGGUGGAAGGCGCUGUGGCCAAAAUGCCUUCUGCGAUCGUAGCCGCUGUGUGUGUGAACGCGGUUUUGAAGGCGAUCCCUACGACGUUUGCACCCCAAUUCCUCCAAAGCCCGAACUCUGUGGUAACAAUUACUGUCACGAAAAGGCUCGUUGCCAUUACGGCGUGUGUUACUGUGAGUACGGUUACGUGGGCGACGGUGUGACGGUGUGUCAGAAGAUCGAGGAAGACCUUUGUAAACGGGUCCAAUGUGCUGAGAACGCGGAAUGCGAGGCUGGUCUUUGCCAGUGCAAAACAGGGUACAAGGGCGAUGGGUUUUCUGAGUGCACUCCCGUGGCCGUUGAUCCGAAUUCCUGCAAUGGCAGAUAUUGUGGAGCGAAUGCGGAAUGCAUAAAUAAUGAGUGCACGUGCAUAUCGGGCUACACCGGUGAUCCUUACGACAUUUGCACGCGCGAGCGACCAUUGCCAGACACCUGUCGCGGCGUCGAAUGCGGUUCCAAUGCCUAUUGCCACGACGGACGCUGUGUAUGCUACGAAGGCUUUGUCGGCAACCCCAAUUUGGCCUGCCGGCCAAAUCAUGAUGCUUCUUGUAUUGGCAUCCGGUGUGGCGUUAACGCCUACUGCACUAAUGGGCAAUGUGUUUGUCGUCACGGCUACACCGGUGACCCAGCUCAAAUUUGCUACCCUGACUGGGGCUCUUCCGGAAAUGAUCUCUGUCGCAGCAUAUCGUGUCAUCCGAACGCAACUUGCUCCCUGGGCCAAUGUCGGUGCAGGGAUGGGUUUGAAGGCGACGGCUUCCUAGACUGCUGGCCCAAGGAUCCUGCAAACCUCUGUGAUUGUCGAGGCUUCCCCUCUACCAUGGCCGGCUGCUCAAAUGGCAAGUGCCGCUGCAUGCCUGGUUUCUGGGUGGGACGCGACAACUACUGCGACGAAUGUCGUGGACAUGGCGAAUGCGCGGCUAACGCUCAGUGCUCCUAUGACAGCCAAAUCCAGCAUUACCGCUGCAGGUGUGACUACGGUUUCCUAGGUGAUGGCGCCAUCGCCUGCAUCCCUGGAUCAGUGGCCAACAAAACCCAGGCAGCGCAGUGUCGAAUACCCUGCCACAAGUUUGGCACCUGCGAUGAGUACGACGGCCGAUGCAAGUGUCGACCGGGCUUCGUAGGCAAUGGCUACACUUAUUGUGACUUUGACUGCAGUCAGUGUCUCGCCGAGGCGCGUUGCGUGCCCGAGUCGAGCCAGUGUAUCUGUCCACCUGGCUAUACUGGAGAUGGUAUCCGCGUUUGCCGUCCCGCUACAAGCCAAGGAGCGUUUGCGCUGCAGAUUGUGAAAGAUGGUGACACAAUUCGCGUUCGUGAGGGUUCAGGCGCAUUUACUCUACGCUGCAUUCUGUCUGGAGAUGUUCAUGGUGUGCAAGCACGCUGGUUAACCCCGGGUGAUGUGGGCCAAACUGAUGAGCAUCAGACACACGAAGGCCGAGAACUCUGGCUCACUUUGGAUGAGCCGAAUGCCUCCAACACUGGUCUAUAUGUGUGCCAGGCUUCAAGGAUGACUGACACAGUGCAGGUGAUAAUUGAACCUCAAAAGCACAGCCAAUCCAAACAGCUGUUCCUCACAAGUGAUAAUGGAAUCCUUACUGUUGAAACCCAGAAAGGACCGACGACAGCUGCUCAGAUCUGGCACAUCGACUGCAAGGCUGACCAUUUGGUGUACACCAGUGAUUCGGGGCAUGCUCUGCGCUUCGGCAAUGCUAGUGCAGUGCGCCUGAGUCAGCCGCCAGAAUUCAUUGUCCAUGACGCCUAUUCCAAGUUCACAUGGAUUGCUGUGGACCCGACUUCAGGCAAUGUCUUUGCAAUCGAUGACAAGCAGAAGCGAAUCGUGGUAGUCAAUCCCGGGCGACCCAACCAGAUGUACACCUUCAAGAAGCUUUACAAUCGCACAUCCAACGAUGAUUUCGUUGUUGGCGGUAUUGCCAUACACCCAGGACUGUCAUUGGUUUACUGGGCUCAGGCAGACAGCACGGAUUCAGCAGUCAAAGAAAGUGUUAUCAUGGUCGCCUCUAUGGCGGAUCCCAAUCGUGUCUCUGAGGUUGUUCGAGUGACCGGUGCACCUGUCUCGAUGAGCCUUGCUGUUUCCGACGGCAUCGUGGGUACUGGAAACACUGCAGGUCGUCUUUGCUGGCUGCAGCGCCGCCAGCUACUGCCGUACUCCCGCAGUGAGAUUCACUGUGCGCAAUUAGAUGUGUCUGGUAGGAAUAUUCACUCGAAAAGUGUUCUGCGGAGUUUUGACACAAGUGAGGAGCCUUCAUGUGGUUUGGCUCAGGACGACCACGCCAUCUUCUGGACUAAUCUGUACCGGAGGACUUAUCAAUCUCACAACCCAUCAUCGCUGGUCUACGUGAAGGGUGUGUGCUGUUCAAAUGGCUUUCAGUCAAUGGCCAUACACAAUGUCUGCAAGCGUUCAAUGACGAACGCAUGCAGUUAUGAAAAUGGUCGUUGCCGCUACUUCUGUCUCCCAGGUGGACGUGAGUCGUCUCGCACUUGCAGAUGCCCGGAUGAUCAACCAAACUGCAUUGCGGAACAUGCCUAG